UAUCAUAAACAUGUGCAUGGCCGGUGAUUUCACUGUUUUCUCCACUGCCCUCUUUCGUUUUGCAUUGAAGUGCGGCAUGUUUGGCAACAUUCACAUCUUCACAUCUUUAUCAAACAUGAGCAACAUUUCACAACACCAACAUUGUACGCCACAGAGAUACUCGGUCACGCGUGAUCCCGACGUCAGAAAUUGGAAGCGUACCUAUACUGCAGUUCCUACCCUCCGCAAUAGUCAUACUCCCGCCUGCCUGAUCGCCAAACAUGGUAGCCGGUCAGCUACAAGAACCCGGACCAAUGCCUCUGUACGUUCUUCUCGUUCUCGUUAUUGGUAUAUGUUUCUACUUCUUCUUCAUAGGUACCGCUGCAGUCAGGCUUUGGUUCUAUAAGGGCGCUCUCGGUCCUGCGCCAGAGAAGUUCCUCGUCGUCAAGAUCGAGCAUGAGGAUGCACAGCAACAUGCUCCGAUGGCCGACAACCACAGCGGAGCCGGCACACACAGCAACGCCAUGAAGCACCGACGCAUGACCGUCUUCACACAUGCCUCAUUAUCAGCACUAUCUGACGACACCGCUCAUACUACCGCGCUCGAACCACAUGGUUUCUCACAAGCAACGACGAUGGUGAAUCUCCAAGAUAUCGAUGAGGAAGACCUAUCCUCAUUCACAAAUCCUGGAACCCGCGCCUAUAUAGCAGAAGAAUGCCGCCUGUCCCGCAUGCCUGCCUUUGACGCAGAUGACUGCGGAAACGGCGACUACUUCCCUGACCUCCCUUACACAAACAACCCUAUCGAAUCUACUUCUGCUUGCUCCGACUAUCUCCAACCCUCACAACUAGGGCUUACCUCAACGGACUGGCGCGACUGGCUAGCCAUUGAUGAACAUUACAUUGAGUACCACGCCGCGCGCACUCACCUCCUAUCGCGCAACCGAUCAUCUUGUAUACACCUCACUCCCGACAGCGAAUCCGCGUGUCGCGAGCUGCUGCAAGAAAUUGCCUCCUACCUCGUCGAACAGCACCCUAACAAAUUCAGCUUCAAGACUAAACAUCGUAGGAAGCAUAUUCUGAAUGAACUGACGAGAGAAGAUUUCGAAUUAGAGGGUGGGUUGGAGGCACAUCCAUUGGAGGUUGUAGCGAGACUGUGCGGAGAAGAUUUUAUGAUCUGGGAGAGAAGUGAGAGUACUAGGAUGUGGUACUUGCAAGCCAGUACAACGCUCUUCCCAUCCGGGUACAUCAUAACGUCCUACAUGGGAAAACCAGUCAAUGUCAUGGUUCGUGGUGAUGAAAACGGGAGACUGCCAAUGUUGCCUUGGUCCACUUUGCCAUCCAUAUUAACCCUCGACCUUCCUACAUUGUCCCGAUACUCCCACACCGGUCCUCUAUCCCUCCACCAAAUUUUCAUUCAAACCCGUCCUCCUCGAUGCUCUCUAGCCUCCACACUCCACAUUCUCCGGCCCAUGGAUUUCUUUGCCGGAAACAUAGCAAAUCUUCACCCUUCUGAGCUACUCGUUCGUACCGAGACGCAAAUGUUUGCGCGUCUACCUAAAUCGGGUGCUGUGAUUGUAACAACACGGACGAGUACUGAGACAAUAAGCGACAUGGUUGAAAGAAUGAAUGUGUGGGAGAAAGAAACCUUUCUGAAGACAGUGAACGGGUGGGGACCUGAGGAAGCGAGGUUCAAGGGGAGAGAGUUGUGGAUUGGGGUUGUGGAACGGUGUUUGAAAGGUCAGAGUGCGUUCAGGGAUGAUAUGACGGUUUGUAGUAGACUGUCGGCUAUGUAAACAAUCAGGUGAGCGAUUCAUGAAUAAUGCAAUAUAUUGGAAAUCUUGGAGUACGAGCACGGAUAUUUCGCAAUCGCACUGGAAUGCGCCCAGAUGGUGGUUGUAGCUUUUUUCAAUACUAAC